UGGCUGAGCUCCUUGAGGACAGAGCCCUGCCUUAUUUAUCUUCUGUCCAUAGAGACUCAGACGGUGUGAGAAGGUGGAGGAAGGGAGGGAGAGAGGGAGCAGAAGGAAGAAAGGCAGGAAAGAAAAGAGGAAAGAAGAAAUGAAUAAGUCAAACAAGGAUAUCAGGGGAAAAUUCACUGAUUCAUGCAUCCAUCCAUUCAUUCAUUCAACAAAUAUCUAUUGAAUUCCUAUCAGGCCCCAUUUUAGGCACUAAGGAUACAAUCGGCAAGCUCAAGUGACUGACAACUGACCCUCGGCAUUUCCAGGUGACUUGUGUGUGUGUGUGUGUGUGUGUGUGUGUGUGUGUGUGUGUGUGAAAGCCCUUCUGUCUGCAAGGGCCUGCUGCCGGGGCACCUGUCUUCCCUGGGGCCUGGUGCUUUUAGCAUCUGUCCCUGGAUCCUGUUGCAGCCCAAAAUAAGGCUGUGAACCACGACAAAGCAGGAAAGAUUCUUGAUUCUUGUCAGCUGAGGCCAGAGCUGGCUGCAAGGACGCACCCGCUCAGACUGGACCAAGGACCACUAGCACCUACACGACUACCCAGCUCUCAGCUUCCCGACAGAGGUGUUAAUUUUGAGGGUCUGACAUUCCCUCCUGCACACUGUGGUCCUGCCACUCAGGAUGAUCCCUAAGGAGCAGAAGGGGCCAGUGAUGGCUGCCAUGGGGGACCUCACUGGACCAGUCCCUUUGCUGGACCUGGGCAAGAAGCUAAGUGUGCCCCAGGACUUGAUGAUGGAGGAGCUCUCGCUGCGAAACAACAGAGGAUCCCUCCUCUUCCAGAAGAGACAGCGCCGGGUGCAGAGAUUCACCUUUGAGUUUGCAGCCAGCCCACGAGUGAUCGUGGAUGGAAGUGCCAAGGGGAAGGUAACAGGAUCGAAGGUGACAGGAACAGCGGAGCUGGGGACGGUUGCCAAUGGCCCCGAGGGGCAGAACUGCCACUCUGAGCUCCACAUCUUCCCAGCCUCAUCCCAGGGCCCCGAGGAUGCCCAUUCUGCAGCCUUCCCCACAGUGCGUGCCCGCAGCCCCAGCGCCCUGGCACCAGGCUAUGCCGAGCCACUGAAGGGUGUCCCGCCAGAGAAGUUCAACCACACAGCCAUCCCCAAGGGCUACCGCUGUCCUUGGCAGGAGUUCACCAGCUACCGGGACUACCAGAGGGAUGGCAGAAGUGACACCCCCAGCGUGGCCCAGUAUCGAAGUUUCAACAAGACCCCGGUGCCCUUUGGAGGACCCCUGGUGGGAGAGACCAUUCCCAGGGCAGGCACCCCCUCUGUCCCGGAGCUCAUCAGUGGCUUGGAACUCCUUCGUCUCAGACCCAGCUUCAACAGAGUGGCCCAGGGCUGGGUCCGCAACCUCCCCGAGUCCGAGGAGCUGUAGCCCCAGCCUGAAUAUUCAGUUCCCCUGUCUUGGUGUUUGGGUAACAUCUUGGAGUCAAGACUUCUGGACAGCACUUCACAGUUUCUGAAGGGUCUUCACACACAAAACCUUAUUGCAAAUGGCCUCAAAGGCCACAAAGUUCAGUAGUCCCCAAAUGGGGUGUGUUUCAAAAUUUCCUGGGGAUGAUGUUUUGCAUACAGAUUUCUGGCCUGCCCCAGACUUGCAGCAUUCAGAUCUCCUGAGUUGGGGAAUUUCUAUUAGUAACCAACACUCCGAGGUGAUUCCAGUGAAACUUGUUCAUGGUUUGCGUCUUUAGACAUCCAAGCCACCAGUGAAUUCACAUCCAUGCCUCCACUCCUCCCUGCUGUGGACUCUAGCUUACACUCCCCUGACAGGGAGCUCACUAGCAGCCCAUUUACCUAUGGAUAACUCUGAUAAUUAGAAAGUUUUUCCUUUUAUUGAGAUGCAGCUCUAAACAUUUGCUAAGUAGCUACUGUGUGCUAGACACCCUGCCAGCCCAGGGAGAGUGUGUGGCGAAUACGCCCAGGCCCUGGCCUAGAGGAACAAAGGACAGUAGGGAAGACAGAUUUGUAAAGCAGGAAAUCAUGUUCCUUUUCCCUACAGCACACUGACUGACAACAGAGGAAGAAAGGGGGCUUGAGGCAGAAGAGGGGGUCCCUAACCCUGGGGCUGGGGCGGGAUUCCAUGAAGCUUCUCAGAGACUUUGGGUGGGACCCCAGAGGAGGACUGAGAGCCAUCAAGGGCAGAGGGAGUGAUGGGGAGGGCAUUCCUGCCAAGUGGACCAGCAUGUGCGAAGUGUGGAAUUGUGCACAGGAAGAGGUGUGUUCUGGAAAAAGGAGGGCGCUGUGCUAGAGGGGUCAGUGAGGGCCAGCAUUGGGGGGACUUUACUAAGGAGAUGGGGGUAGUUUUUAAGCUGAGGAGUGAUGGGUCUUGCUAUGUGGGGCACAGAGUGGCAAGGACUAAGGCCAGAAGCCAGGAAUCCUGCAGGGAACAAGGUCUAGACUAGGGAGAUGGCCAUGGGGAUGGAAUGAAGGGGCACCCCUCUGUGCACCUUACAGGUCAGGUACAAUGUGGAGUACCUGUAAGGCCCCCUUCUUUCUUUUCUCCUUCCACUCACCAUCCUGUGCAAGCCUCAGGGUAAAUCUCGUCCUAGUCUCCACCAGGGCUAUUCAAGGCUAUAUCCCUUUCACUAGGAAAAGGAGAGAAAGGAAUGCCUCUUAGUUCAACUGGUGAUGAGGAAGACAAUGAAAAUGAUGAUGAUGGUGGCUGCUUUUUAUUGGGUGCCUCAGUGCUUGGGCUGCUAGUAGAUUCUCCACAUAUCCUAUUUCUUAUUUUCAGUUCAACCCUAAGGGAAAGGUAUUGUCCCAUUUUACAGAUGUGGAUAUCCAGGCUCAAAGGAAGUGGCUUAUCCAGGUACAGAGCCAAAAUGAGAAUGUCUAAUUCCACUGGCUGUCCCUUUUCACUGCACUGGGUGGCCAGACCAAUGCCCACUCACUCUGGAACCAUCUAAGCAUGGUGUCCUGCCUUCAGGCUUAGGGGUGAAAAGUGCAGGUUGGGAAGUCAGAAUGGAUGGGUUGGGCUCUAACAGCUACUGCUGGCUGUGUGAACUUGAGCAAGUCAUUUUUCUGUCUCUACACCUGUAAGACGAGGACAAGGCCAGAACCUCCUGGAUAGGGCUGUUGUGAGCACAGUGAUGGACACAUACUUAAGAAGCCCUCAGUCAUUAUUAGAUUUCAUGCAGCUACUGCUCUUGACUGGAAGAGAUGUUCUUGUUCUUGAGAAGCUGGCUGCAAGAUGUCAUUGGGGUCAGCAAAGCUUAAGCUGGAAGGAGAGCCUCUGAUUACUGUAGGGCUCCCUGUGGACAUGGACAUGGACAUGAACAUGGAAUUACCUCCCUCUGCCUCCUCCCUGACUCCCUCUCUUGGGGACAUGAGAAGGUGAGAAAUCCAGCUAGUUCCCAGGGUAUGUGGGAUAGUGGUUACAUUUUCCUUUUGUUCUGAACUUUCACUGCACCCCACACCAUCUUGAGGGGCCAGCAGCCUAUUAGACUUGCCUGCCAUUGAUGUGUUGUUUUGAAUUGGGGGGCUGCUAUUGAAAGCCAUGUCUGCAUGAGCUGAAAACCAACCGUGAAAGUGUCUGACACAUAGAAGAGAGGAUCUGGACUACCUUGGCUUAGCUCUGCUGUGUUCCGGAUGGUGAUGGCUGCCCCUAGCUACAGGAGAGGAGGGCCUGCUACACCCGAAAGCGAAUCCGCAUUCUUUCUUCUGAUGAUGUGACUUUCACUGACGUUGUUUAAAAAAAAAAAAAAAAAGGAAUGCUUAUUAUCUAAAUAAAUAAGUAAAAUGUGGAAAGACUGGCCCAUCUCCCAUGCUCAUAGUAUCUCCCAUGCUCAUAGACUUUCCCAGCCUCCUGCAUUCUGCCUCAUCCCCACAUACUGGAGGUAACCAUGAGUAACAGUUUGGACCUUCAAGAAUUCUAGAAUUAUUUGACUAGAUAAAUAUGUAGUGUGGAAAGGUGCAUAGGGGCGAAAAUAUGUCUUUGUUUAAUGGGAUCAUACCGUAUGUACUAUUUUGUAUUUUGCAUCUUUAUUCAACAAUAAGUAAAAUUUGGAUCCUGAAAAAGCAGGCCAUUAACUUUUCAUGUAAUUUGUGGGUUUAGUGAGCCCUUCAUAUAAAAUCCUAUUCUUUGCCUGUUCAUAGAAAAUUCUAUGCUUUUGCCUGUUCUGUUCCUUACCUAAAUGAAAUCAUCCGGUGAUAUGGAAAUGAAAAGGACUGAGACCAGCCAGGACAUUGGGAAAGUGGACAUGAGCUAUGGCAGGGAUGAGUGGAGAGGAGCUGGGUUCCUUGGGCAUGGGCGCAGACACAAAUCGGCAAGCAAAGGAAGGCGGAUACAAACAUGUAUGUGUGCUGUUGCAAGGAAGUGUUCAUAUGAAAGUCGGGAUGGGGUUAACUUUGGGAGGAAGGAAAGGUUGGUGAUUGUGAAGGGAUAAAAGGCUUCUGGGGAAAGCUGGAUAAUUUCCGUUGCUGGAUUCGGGUGACCGUUACAUGAGUGUUCACUCUAGAAUAUUAAAUUUAGUUGUACAUCCGUAUUUUAUGCA